AUGUCUCUCAAGUUAGACCUCUGCAAUUUCUCCGGCUAUAAAAUCUACCCUUCCCGUGGUAUCAGAUUGGCAAGGACUGAUGGUAAGAUCUAUAACUUCGUCAACAAGAAGUCAAGGAAUGCCUACCUCAUGAAGAAGAAUCCCAGGAAAAUCGCCUGGACCGUUCUCUACAGGCGUAAGAUGAAGAAAGGAACAGAGCAGGACGUUUCUAAGAAGAGGACCAGGAAGACAACAAAGUUCCAAAGGAGUAUUCAGGGUGCCACGUUAGAAAAUAUCCUUGCCAAACGAAACCAGAAACCAGAGGUCCGUAAAGCACAACGAGAACAGGUUAUCCGAUCUCAAAAAGAGAAGCUGAAGGCCAAGAAGGAAGCCAAGCAAUCUACAAAGAAGAAGACCGACACUAAAGCCGUGAGAGCUGCCCAAAAGAAGAUCAGCAAAUCCCACACGAAGAGCAAACCUACAAGAUCCGGUGUCAUGAUGUAA